UCUGUUCCUGCUCUUCUAGCAUCUGCUGGCCUGACUGAGGAGCAGAAGGAAUUCCAAAAAGUUGCCUUUGAUUUUGCUUCCAAGGAGUUGGCUCCUCAUAUGGCUGAGUGGGAUGAAAAGGAAAUAUUCCCUGUGGAAGCAAUGCGGAAGGCAGCCCAGCUAGGAUUUGGUGGGAUCUAUGUGAAACCAGAUGUCGGUGGCUCUGGAUUGUCACGACUUGAUACCUCCAUAAUCUUUGAAGCUUUAUCAACAGGAUGUACCAGCACCACUGCUUAUUUGAGCAUCCACAACAUGUGUGUUUGGAUGAUCGACACCUUUGGGAAUGAGGAACAGAGGCACAGGUUCUGCCCAUCACUCUGUAGCAUGGAGAAACUUGCUUCUUACUGCCUGACUGAGCCAGGAAGUGGAAGUGAUGCAGCUUCCCUGCUGACCUCAGCUAAGAGGAAGGGGGACACCUAUGUCCUGAAUGGCUCUAAGGCUUUCAUCAGUGGGGGUGGCGACACAGAUGUAUACGUGGUCAUGUGUCGCACAGGAGGUCCAGGACCCAAGGGCAUCUCCUGUCUGGUACUGGAGAAGGGGACACCAGGGCUCAGCUUUGGCAAAAAAGAGAAGAAGGUGGGCUGGAAUUCCCAGCCAACUCGGGCUGUGAUCUUCGAGGACUGCGUUGUUCCUGUCAGCAACUUGCUGGGAGCUGAAGGGGAGGGUUUCAACAUUGCCAUGAAGGGGCUGAACGGAGGCAGGAUAAACAUUGCUUCUUGUUCAUUAGGAGCUGCUCAUGCCUCUGUUCUUCUGGCCCAGGAACAUCUCACUGUCCGCAAACAGUUUGGGGAACCCUUGGCGAACAAUCAGUACCUGCAGUUCAGGCUGGCAGAGAUGGCGACACGCCUGGUGGCAGCACGCCUCAUGGUACGCAAUGCCGCGCGGGCACUGCAGGAGGGACAGAAGGACGCGGCUGUGCUGUGCUCCAUGGCCAAGCUCUUUGCUACUGACGAAUGCUUUGCGAUCUGUAACCAGGCUCUACAGAUGCACGGGGGCUAUGGCUACCUGAAGGAUUAUGCUGUGCAGCAGUUUGUAAGAGACAUCAGAGUCCACCAGAUCCUGGAAGGUACCAACGAGGUGAUGCGGAUGAUUGUGGCCAGGAAUCUGUUACAGGAGUGAAGCCAGGAGCUGGUCUCCAGCCUUAAUGCACUUCAUCUGCUACAGCGUCAUCUGUUUCCCUCCCCUAUCCACCAGCUCUCUCCCCUGGACUGGAGAGGGGGGGAUACCCAAGUGGAAACAGUUUUUCUGGCUUAUAUCGACCCCAAGCACAGCUGGACACCACCCACGUGCUACCACAGCUGCACUCUGUGCCUGGCAGAGCUGCUGUUACUAGGGAAGUAUUGUGCAGCCUGAAGUUAUAAAUCACAGUUGUGAAUAAGAGUCUCUGUCUCCAAAUCUUGACCAGGGGCUGCUGCCACCCCAUCCCUCUUGGAAAGAGGAACACUAGACUUCUUGGUCAUCUCUGCUGAGCCAGGACUGAAACUGGCAGAGAUGGAGGUGCAACCUAAUUGCAUAGCACCGUUCCUCUUCUCGAUCAUAAUAAUGGUUUAUUAACCAUUUAGUUCCAGGGAACUAGUUCCCCUGUUUAAAAGCCUGACCUCCAAGGUGCUGAAUACACCACUGGCGACAAGUUAGCCACAAACACUGCAGCUCUAAUCACUUGUUGAAUGCAGUGGCUUUUUAAUGGAUGAGGAGGAUGCCUCUUGUUCACCUAGAAGCAUUCCUCUUUCUCUUCUGCCAGCACACAAUUUUCUAAUGUGCCAAGUGCUUGUUCUGCCUACUCCCACCACGUACUGGUGCUUCCUCUAUCUCAAGGAAGCCUCGCAGUGCAGAGUUACAAGUCAAAAAAUAAGGUCCUGCACAGAAACUUCUAAACUCUGUUUUCUCAGAUCAGUGUUCCCUGCUGUGCACUACGUAGAGGGAGUAAAAAUAUUGGUAAGAUUCAAUGAUUUUUUCCUCAGACUUGAAAUCAAUAAAACUAUGGUCAUAAAUGUA